CCCGCCCUCGGAAUCUGGCGCGAAAAAAGCCAUGCUAGUUAGACAUCCUGAAAGGUAGCUGUGUCCGGGCUGAGCGUAUUCAAAAUUCUGAAAAUAUUAACUCAUUUGGAGGGAAACGGUUCUUCAAAAUGAUCGGGCAGAAAACGAUUGCGUCUUAUUUCGGUCCCGUGGCUAAAAAAAGAACUUUGUCUGAGGCUUCAGAGGAAGGUGUUGAGAAUGGGAAGGACCAUUAUCAAGAGGAGGAACACAAUGGCAUGAGGACCCCGGUCAAGAAGCUGAAGGCUGGCCCGGACGGAGAGGUCGCGCCGGUGGUCAAGCCCAGCUCCCCGCUCAGCCCCGAGCAGCUGUCCCGCAUCGAGAGGAACAAACAGGCGGCCCUGCAGAGACUCGCUGCCCGCAACGUGCCCCCGGGCUUUGGGGAGAGCUGGAAGAGCGAGCUGCUGAUGGAGUUCAGCAAACCGUACUUUAUCAAGCUGAUGGGAUUUAUAGCGUCAGAGAGGAGGCGGUACACAGUUUACCCACCACCUCAGGAAGUCUUCACGUGGACAGAGAUGUGUAACUUCCAUGAUGUGAAGGUGGUUAUUCUUGGCCAGGAUCCGUACCAUGGACCGAACCAGGCCCACGGACUGUGCUUCAGUGUAAAGCGCCCAGUGCCACCUCCCCCCAGUCUGGAAAACAUGUACAAGGAGCUUCAGUCUGACAUUGAAGGCUUUGAGCCCCCAGGACAUGGUGAUCUGACCGGUUGGGCUAAGCAAGGAGUGUUGUUGCUGAAUGCAGUCCUCACUGUGCGAGCGCACAACGCAAACUCUCACAAGGAGCGAGGCUGGGAAGAUUUCACCGAUGCAGUUGUGUCUUGUCUGAAUGACAAGCUGGAUGGUUUGGUGUUCAUGCUGUGGGGAGCGUACGCACAGCGCAAAGGCAGUGUAAUCAACAGGAAACGUCACCACGUACUGCAGACGGUUCAUCCAUCUCCUCUGUCUGUGAACCGAGGCUUCUUUGGCUGCAAACACUUCUCUAAAACCAAUGAAUUGCUGAAGAAAUCUGGGAAGACACCUAUCAAUUGGAAGUUGCUGUGAGUCCAGUCAGGAGUGUGUGUUCUGGGAGUCUGUUGAUCCUAAUGACACCAAUCACUGAAGAUUUAUCAUGAGCCGAAGCUGGGCAAGAUUCUCGAUUUUAAGUGGCUAAAGGGGCCUUUAUUACUGGAUCGUUACAUGUUGAAUCUCUGGGACCUCAGCACUGCCUGAAGAGAUCAGAUUGAGCUUUUCUUUUUGUUGUUCCGAUGGCCAAUGAAUGUUCCAGGUGUAGUUAAUAUCCUUUUAGCUAUGGAAUUUCUACAAUGUCAUGCAUUUGGUCCAUGACUCAGAGCUUUUGAGUUGUAAUUUCAUUGUAAAUAUGCCUGUGCAUUCAUUCACCUGUUCAUGUUCUAUUUGCUGUAAACUGCUUUGACAUUGUAAAUAUGUUUUAAAUAAAAUUUUUUACUAUUUGAGUUCA